GUAGUGAGAGUCCGCGGGAGAGUUGCUGUAUUCUGGGAAUGGGGAGGGUCUUUCGUCCAAGCGGAGUCUUACUACGUUGCGGAAGGCAGUACCCUUUGCCUUGCACCGUCUAGCUAUCUCCGCCGUCCUCCACCAGCCGCAGCUCCGAGGGCUGGAGGCUGGUCCACAGUUAUUUACCUGGUUCUAAAGGCUGGCUGGAUUCCGUGACUGUGUCUGUUGCUGAGGCUACGUGGACGCCCUUCCUGGGAGCACAUAGCCAGUGUCCUCUGGGGAGCAGUGGAGCCAACUUCAGGACUGAUUGAUCAUGACUUCUAUAAAAGAACAGGCAGCAAUUAGCAGGCUCUUGAGUUUUUUACAGGAAUGGGACAAUGCUGGCAAAGUGGCAAGGAAUCACAUCCUCAACUGUUUCAUCGAAAACAACCAAGGCAAAACUGCCCCUGAGUUGGAGCAGGAGUUCUCCCAGGGAGCCAGCUUGUUCCUGGUACGCCUGACCACCUCGCUUAGAAUCACCUAUAUGACUAGCUCAUAUUUAGAAAAGCUUCUAAGGUCCAUUGGCAUCUUCUUAUCGGCUGUAAGCAGUAAUCGGUACCUUAUAGAAUUUCUUGAGGUUGGAGGUGUCCUAACGCUCUUGGAAAUACUUGGGCUGGAGAAGAUCAAGGAGAAGGACAAGAAAGAGUCCAUCAAGCUGCUUCAGAUUGUUGCAAACUCUGGCAGGAAGUACAAGGAGCUCAUCUGUGAGAGCUAUGGCGUACGAUCCAUAGCAGAAUUUUUGGCAAAGUCUAAAUCAGAAGAGACCCAGGAGGAAGUGCAGGUUCUGUUGGAUUCUUUGGUCCAUGGUAAUCCCAAGUACCAGAAUCAAGUGUAUAAAGGUCUAAUAGCUUUGGUGCCCUGCGCAUCGCCCAAAGCUCAGCAGCUGGCCCUGCAGACUCUGAAGACUGCCCAGUCGAUCAUCGGGACCACACACCCCAGCAUCGUGGACUGCGUGCUGAAGGUGCUGGGCACCAUGCACCUGGAAGUGCAGUAUGAAGCCAUCGAGCUGAUCAAGGACCUGGUCAACUACGACGAAGUGCGCCUGGCGCUGCUCAAGGGCCUGGUGGCUCUGCUGAUACCGUCCCUCAAGGAGACCUCCAAACUGCAGUCCAAGAUCCUCAGUGACCCCUCGGUUCUCCAGCUCACCGCCCACCUGCCCGCGUUCUUGCAGCAGGCCUCGGCUGCCAAGACCAUCGGGGUCCUGGCGCGCAGAGACUUCAGCGUCGCUGAGGAGCUGCUGCACCUGAGCGUGGUGCACAGCCUGAUGACCGCCAUGGGCAACACGGACCACAGCAACAGCCAGCGGCUGGCCAGCCUCACGCUGGAGUACUUCGUGCAGAUGUUCCCCUUGGUGGAGAAGCACGUGCGCAGGUCCAUGGGGGAGGAACUCUACCAGCUCUUCCUUAGCAACCCUGAGGACUUGUACAUGAAAAUAGACAGCAUUCAAGCAGACAUCUUGGCGGCCAACAAAGUCAACGUUAGCAAAACACUGUACCUCUGUAGCAGAAGCUGCAGCCAUGUGAACUUUCCCUUCGGCCCUCAUAGUGGGGAUGAGAUGGCCUGCGUCACACACUACCAGGAGGAUGCGAAAUCAAAGGAGUAACAGCCCCUGAGGCAAACCGAGACGGCCAAGGCUGUGUGGCAGGGAAGCCUGGCAGAAGGAAGGAGCUUAGGGUUGGAUCAGGGGACUCCACUUGGCCCUAGGUGGGAGGCUGGGGGUUAGGCUUUCCAGUGGGGAAAGGAGAGCUGCUGGCUCA